GCUGCUGAUCAGGAACCUUAACACUUUCAUUUUGCGAUCUCUCUGCUCUCUGUCGCACUUCUCACGGAAAAAAAGCAACUUACUUUUCAGAAUGGUUAAAGUUUCUUUUAACAAGGCUUUUGCCCUAAAGGAUCCAAAGAAGGAAACCCUCAUUAACGGAGAACAGGACCCUGAGGCAGUGGUGCCGGUGCGUCAUCAGUCUCGGGUGUGGUGCUGGUGCUUCUGUCUGGGAUUGACUCUUGUGCUUUCUGGCGUUGUGGUGGCAGGAGCCUAUCUGUAUAGGUACUAUGUGUUAGAGACGGACCAGGUGUUUGUCUGUGGGUUGAAGUACUACGAGGAAGACUAUGAGCUGAAUGAGGAGGUGGACUUGGAAAUUGGAGCACCGCUGAGGCUGAUUGAGGAGAAUGUCAGCUUUUUUGAAGAUGAUGAGGUGGAGCUCAUCAGUGUGCCAGUGCCAGAGUUCAAAGACAGUGAUCCAGCUGGCAUCCUGCACGACUUCACCAUGAGACUGACUGCUUAUCUCGACCUGAAUCUGGACAAAUGCUACAUCAUCACUCUCAACACCUCAGUUGUAAUGCCACCAAAGGACUUUCAGGAGUUCCUGGUCAACAUCAAGGAAGGAAUGUAUCUUCCUCAGACAUACCUGAUCCAUGAAGAGAUGAUGGUGACAGAGAAGCUUGACGACACCAGUGAUCUGGGCUAUUACAUCAAUAACAUGUGCAAAGACAAAGACACGUACAGACUGCAGCGCAGAGACACCAUUCUGGGUAUGCAGAAGCGCGAGGCUCUGAACUGCCACAAGAUCCGCCAUUUUGAAAACAAGUUUGUUGUGGAGACUUUGAUCUGUGAGCCAUGAAGAGCACAUGAGCAUCUCUGACAACAACAGCAGAUCUACAACACCAUCUUAACGCAGUCGAAUGCUUUCCUUCUGUAGCUGUUUAUUUUCAAGCUUUCUUCCAGUGACACAUGUUUGUUCUUAUCUGAAAUGUGAAUGUUUUCUACAUAGAGGUGUAUUAUGUUUUGUGUUUGUACAUGUUUGUUUUUCUUAAGCUAUUUUUGUGAAUUUCAGAUUAACUAAAGAGUUAUUUUGUGCACAAGAACAAAAAGGGAUUAGCAGUAACUACUUUUGGCUUAACUACAAAUCAGAUCAGGGUUUAGAAAGUGAUUAAUAAUUCAUUUAUUCCUAUAAAUUGAUCAAUUAGUUUGGUAAAUGAAAAGUCAUUGCUAUUGAUUAAGAAAUGCUUAAUGUAACCCAAAUACAACAAGUGAAAUGUCCUUUAGUUCUUGGCUGAUUUGUAUUCAAUAUACCGCCUGUAAGAUCCUCCAUUUUAUCCUCCAUCUUCAGUUCUUCAGUUUUUCAGAUACAAGCCUUAAAUCUAAUAAAACAAAAUUAUAACAAAA